AUGACUUUUAAUUUAUUCAAACAGCCGUUUUGGGGAACUUGCCGCCGAUUGCGUUUCCGUAUUCACAGAAGGAAUUUCAAAGUUCAAUUUUUAAGGUAAGGUUAUUUUACUUUUUUGUAAAAAUAGAUAUAGAUAACGAUAGUGCAAUGAUAAAUUCCAAAAAUAAAUUUAUCCAUAAAAGAAAGUCCAAUAGAAUACAGACCAUAGACUAGGUCUUUAAAGUGCUUAAUCGCUUUACGAGCUUUUUGGCCAUGGAAUUUGCCUAUUUUCAUGGCGAUCAUCAACUAAACAUUUCUCGCUUGAGUAAAAAGAUAAAAAGCGUUCAUGAAAUUUGAAAUGGCUAUUUCCCACCUUUUAAUGGUUAUUCUUCCUGAUAUUAACUUGAUUAUUGCUGGCUUGUUAUUUUUUACACUCGAUAACAUUUUCUAAAAGACAAUUAAAAAGUAUAAGUUAUUUCGUUUCGCGAUUUUGCUUUUCCUUUCUGAAUCUUAACGACGUUUAUUUUGGGUUAGAAAUAAUGGACGAGCAAUUAUUUCAAAUGCAUGUUUCCAGUUCUUUCGGUGAGGACAACCUAUUAUUGUUAGUGAGCAAGCCAAAUAUAUGAUAAACUGUGUUGUCGGUAAGGCAUUUCAAAGUUCAAACAAUCAGGGGCAAACUGAGAAGAUGAAAAUUAUCCGUCCUUACUUUAACAUUGUUUGUUAAGAGUACAAGCUUUAGAUUAAAAAAAGAAAGAAAGACAGAAAAAAAAGGAUUUACAAAAACAUGAUAUAAAUUGUUAUUUAUAUGCCCGGUAGCACUUCAUCAAAACAAGGAAAAUGAGGUCGCUGUAAUGUUUUUCCCCCUAGACGUUUCAUGAAAACCAUCAACACUAAUUUAGAAACUCUUUUAUUAAUUUUAUUCAGAAAAGGUAAAAGGUCAGAAGGGCCUACAAGUGUUGUUUUCAAAGGGUUAGAUGUUUAAUUACGCUACACGAUUCGCAAAGAACAAGCAUGCAACGGUUAAUACACGACUCAAUCUCUUCACCUAUACACUCAUUGAGCCAGCCAGGAUUAACUCGUACAUCGGGAUACGCUACAAAAGUUAUUAUUCAAAUCUAGAGUUUUGUGUGUUGUAUUUUCCUAUCUGCUGCGCAAACUAAUAAAUUACUCACCUCUAAGAGGUAAUAAACAAGAAAAACUAUAAUAAGACACAACGUCACUAUGUUCACCGUCAAACUAACCCACCGCCCACUUAAGUUCAUAACAAUGUUUUCGUUCCAAUUCUAAUGUAACUUUUUCCCUUAGUCUAUAAUCUUUACGUUUUUAUUUAUUCUUUCACACUCAACUUUUUUGCCUAGCACUUUUGUUAAUUAUUUCGUUUAGUACUGUGUUACAGUUACGAAUUUCCAGUCAGCAGUAAUGUCAUUUAUAAUUCGUCUUGAAAACGUAAAAACGAUCAAUUUUUGGGUGGAAACGUGAAAGAAAAUUUCCGGCAAUACAGUCUUUCCGGACAGUAAUUUUGAUGGACAAAAGUUAAUCAGCACGACUUCCAUUAGCUACUUUAUCUCACUUGUUUGAAAUUUCCUGUUGGCUUAAGGAAACUUGUUGAGAACAAAGCUAACGAAGAUAUAACGCGAUUUUCUAAAUUAAAGACGAAGAGAUAAUUACGAUUGAAACCACCAAAAAUAAGGUGAUAACUUAACAGAAGAGAAAGUCAUACCAAGUCCUCAAAAUUUUUAUUUUUGGAAAUCUUUCUCUUCAGAAACAUUUAACAGUCAACUGUCUCUAAGACCCACACUAAGUGUCGGUUGUAGCCCGCCCUAUAGUAUAUUAUGUGGUGGAUGUUUCUUUGUGGUGCGGAAACUCAGCUCUAGGUUAGAUAUUGUUGUGUUGUGGUGUGGCUAUUGUUCAUGAGGUAAAUAUAGAUUCAUCUGCCUAUCCAAGCACUGACGUCGGCUAAGAACUAAUCAGCAAUCAUAUAUCUGUGUUUAUGCUUUAGUCUGACUGGUUCUCAACAGCCCGUACAUGUAUUUAUUGCUUAAUUUUGCUAUUGCAACACCAAAACUGUCUGAUUUGAGCUGUCCGAUUAUCUGGAGCUUGUAAUCGAACAGUGGAACAGCCGAUGAAAAUGUUGGAGGAAGCAAAGGUCACUGGUUAAUGAAAUUUAACUACAUAGCCCACGAUAACCAGUUAAAAUCAGUGAAAAAAUAAUAACUGAGCAGGCCAUCCAGUUUCAGCUUGAAAACAGAUCAUGAUAGAAAAGGACGAAGUGAACUGAUCCAAUUCCUGUUAACAUUUACUAACUAGUGUUAUUCAUUCAACAAAUUUCUCUGUCUCUGAUUGGCUUUCAUCCCCCGGGUCAUUCCUUGUAGCUGGCACUGACCAAAUUUGGAAGAUUUAGGCAAUAUAUAAUCGCAGUCUUGUUUCCAAGCUAUGGCGCGGCAACAUAGCUGUUUUGGCGUGAGUGUAGAACUCGAGAAAAUGGCGAAAGAGUCCACGACUGUCUUAAGACUAACCAGACUAGAGUUUAACAGAACUCAAAUUGAAGGGAACAGAUGCAAGAAUACGCAAAAUUAUUUCUCGAUGCUUGCGCUUCGUGCUCGCCUAAAAAACGCUAAAAAUAGCGCCUGUUCUGCAGGCCAGAAGAGUAUCUGCAAGGAAAAGACAUCUCUUUAUAUAUUUUGAAUAGUUGUGAGUGUAACGUAUAUGCUUAAAUAGAAGAAGGAACUAUGGAAAUACGUCACGUCUUUCACGGUGAUUGAUUGGUUAGAUUUUUCCUUAGUCUUAGUUUUCCAAAUAUGGAAAUUUCCGUUAUCUGAGUAUUCGCUGGGGGUAUGGUGCGGACGUAACAUUUUCAAACUCAUAAAUACUUGAUAUGAAACUGAGUCAUGGAAAUCAGAUGAGAAACUCCUCAUUUUUCAUCCUUCAUUUCUCCUUCUAAAAUCGUUUUGUUUGAGAAGUACUUUCAAACAUUCCAAACAGUAUUCAAUACAAUAUCUAACACCCUCGAUGGGUUCGUCAUAAAUGGUCCUCUGCGCGUCGUAUGUUCAACUCUGUUUAUUCUCGGUGUUUGAUUUUGAGUAAACACUGUGACUCUCAUGUUUGGUAUAUCACUAACAAUCAUUAGAUGAUGGCUUGGAUAUUCCGAUGUUUCUUCUCUUGUUGGCCUUGGAUAUCUUACUCAUUUGCAUAGAAAAUCUGUAUCGAUGCACCAGCACGGCCAUAUAAUUAGCAUUUUACGGCACUGUUCCACACAUUGUAAACAACUUCCAAAUUAAAGGUCAACGAUUGCUGGUUAUGAAGAAUUAGCCAGGGGAUUUGAACGGAGAAAUAUUUUGAAUGAACAAUAAUGUCCUUUAUUUGUUACCUGCAGUGUACAAAUCAUUGUCUGUACCUAUCAGCACAGCUGUAGACAUUGCAGUUUGCGCUCGCUCGCUCGCUCAUAACUCUUUGGCAAGCGUCUGUCUACUCUACAGAGGCCUCUUUGUGUCCAACGCGCGCUUAUGUUUUUUUAAUAGACCUUGUCACGGUUUUGGAAGCUAUCUUGACGAGUAGGCAACCGCUUGAGAAAUUACAGUGUUUGCAUGAGUAUCUAAUUAACAAUUAAUGAAUGAGGCUGAGUAUCUUAUGAAGAAUUAUGGAGAUCGAGGAGGGUGUCAUCGGCCGAGGCGGAUAACACCCUCCGAGAUCUCCAUAAUUCUUCUUAAGAUACGAAAGCCGAAUUCAAUAAUUGUUUAAUUAUUCAUUCAAAAUAAUGAAAAAAUAUUUCACUCGUUCGCUGCGCUCACUCGUGAAAUAUUUUUCAACACUCGAAGAGAAAUUUCGUAUCUCCGCGCGGCCAUGUAAUAUCCUCUAUAUUUUUUUUCAGAACAUUCGUUUUACGGAAAUUAUUUGACAUUAGAUUCUCAUACAAACACUGUAAUUUCUCGCCCGCUUGCCUACUCGUCAAGAUGGCUUCCAAGACCGUUACAAGGUCUAUUAUUUCUAUUUUUGAUGGAAUACCCAUGGGGAUCCCGGGAGCCUCUACGAGGGAGACAGGGGUAGUCUUGUAUUGAGAUAUGAUUGCGUUAGUCUUGACGUUCUCAGAUAAAGCUGUUUAUCCACCAAAAUCAACUUCCGAAUAUAAGGUUGCUCUAAGUUCUGGAUGUCAAGAUUUGUAUUCUCGCAUUUGUCUUGUCAGUGCGCGUCAAAGGCCUUUUCAAGGCAUAAAAAAUUUUAAGGAUCUAAUUAAAAUCAUUUAAUGAAAGGUUGGUUUAAAGGUUUAGAUGAAAUAGAGAAAUUUAAAAAAUACUUACUUACCCGGCUUGUGAUCAGACAUCCGGCUACGUCAAAUUAAAUUCAACGUCAAAUUUAUGACGUUACUCCAAUAUAUUCUUAUUAGUACUCAAUAUCUGUAAAAAAGUAGACGGCUGAAAUAACCGGAGAAAACCAUUAAUUACUCAUUUCCUCGAAUAGCUAAAUCCUUAGGAACUAAAUUAUCCAAAUCAGAUAUGAGGACGAUAACCAUAUACAAGGCUAGUUAAGAAGACGCUUAUUAUGAUUCCGAUCCAUUUGCCCAGCCCUUUCACACGUUUGUGACUGUAUAACUUGCCCAGUCCUGCAUCGGAGAGUAGGGAAAUCGAUCCUGCCAGUUUUAUGCGUAUAUUAGAUCCACGGAGGUCAUAGCCGUCAAAAACUACUCCUCCCAGCCCUUUAUUUGAUUGAAAUCUUCCUGGAAUUCCACAAACAUGACGCUUAAGCGGAUGUUGAGAAACUGCAUACGACAGGAAAAAAUUAACUUCUGUAAAUUUUCACGAUUUUCUUUCUUCCGUCUAGAAAUCCACCAACGGGAAAUAGUGCGGUAGACUAUAUGCCUCAGGUCCUCAGGUAAUCAGAGAGCCAUUCUUCUUUACCAAAGGUAAGUCUCCUCCUUGUUCAUACGCACUCUGUAUAAAUUCUUCUUUAAUUUCUUUAUUUCCAUUCUUCAUUAGCGCUCCUAAAAACCAAAAUAAAACGUUCCAGUACAAGCUCUUGUAAAAACACCAUUUUCCUUUUUUUCCCUUUUAAUUCCGGCUAAGGCCUUGUACGGCACAGCAGCUCAUACAGCUCGUCCUCGAACCUGAUGAUGGCUGCCUUCUUUCUAGUCAGAAAUUUCUGACGGACUAUGGUGUCGGUUGCGCUAAUUUUUCUUAAUUAAUGAGUGUUUUAACAACGCAAGAUUCGCUCUUCUUCAAUAUCUUGUACUAUAACAACGGUUGGUGUAACAAAGUCAAGUGUAACAAGGGGGACUUUUUCAGGUUCUAUGCUUCGCAUCCUCAAACUGUCUUUACAGAAUGUAACAAAAUUACGUUGAAACGUUACUCGAUUUCACAGCAUUAUUAACGGAGCUUUAGAAUAACCCAUUUUAAAUAUUCAUUGGGGGGCAUUGAGAUAAACAGCGGUUAUUGAAGGGCUUUCCGCGAUUAAUCGGCGUGAGACGUGAGUUCUACUUCGUAAAGACUCGUAAAUUAAUAGCCGUUUUGACACAAAACUCGUGCUGUCUGAUGGGUUCGCAAUUUAAAUCGACGCAAGCUGUCUUGAAUGUCUCAUUGUGGGUAAACAGUGAUUGUUGAUCGUUUACUUGAUUUGAUAAAAAAAAAAUUUUGCCAAUGAAAUCCUCAUUUUAAGACAGAACUUGAGUUUAUUUUCUUUUUUCUUAAAAAUAUUUUGGUCCUGUUCAUUUGAUCUUUUGACAUAGUUUCAAGCGUAUCCGUCAAAAUUGCGGAAGUCAAUCCAAAGUGCUCGGACAGCUCUGAGGUUAUACAAUGCGAAAAGGUUAAAGAAGAUUAUUUUCCUUGCUAUACUAACAGUAUAAGACGACAUACUAAAUUAGCCCGUCAUUCCCAUCUGUUCUAAUGUGGAAUAUGUACAUGUAUUCUCACAAUUAUAGCUAGAGAAGCAAAAUGUUAAUAAUUUCUUUAAAAAAUGGUUCAAUCACCAGCAUUUUAUUACAUGCCUUCCUGUAACCUCUACACUGGUAUAACUAAUUUUGGUAAAAAAUCUGGUGUCUGGUGGCCAUAAUCUCCUUAAUUUGUGUUCGUCACGUCCGUUUGCUAGCAAACCUGCUGAGUAAUUUUAUUGCGUGCUCCAUUUUCUCCUUAGGAGCCUUAAGAAUAAGGCGCUGUCAGACUUCUAACUCUACUUCUCCUGUCUUGUAGUUUGUACUUAAACUGAUUUUGGUCCUUAGAUAAUCUUUAAUUAAUAAUUCUGAAUUUUGGCCGUCCAAAAAUUGCUUUUUCCUCUUGAGAAAUGUCCCAGAGACUAGAAACGAGUAAAGAAGGCAGAUGACGUCAUAUGACGUCAGUUGAUUUGCUCAACUGUCGUUUCCAGUUCUUGUCGUCACUUUUUGUUUUGUGGAAUUAAGCGAUGUAUUUGGCUGUAAGAAAGGUAUAGCAAAGCAAAUGGAGGUUCUGCUAACGAUUGGGGAGUUAUCGACAUUGACAAUCCUUCGUAUAUUACAUUCUUGCAGAUCAUUCUACGUCAUACUUGUCAAUUUGGCCUCGCUGUAGGGCGGACAUUUUCGGGGAAAUUUGCGCCCUUGAAGACGAAAACAAAUUAUCCAUGAUUUUGACGAGUUUAAAUUUCGGAUACAUAUUAUACACAUAUUUAAGCAUUAAAAACGCAAAAAAAAAAAACAGCAAUAACAACAACAACAAUCGAGUCAUAUACACUUUAAACAAAGAGAAAUCUGAUUUCGUUUUAGUUUGUUGAUUAAGCUGCUGACCAGCGCCGGCUUUCCUGAAGUGGUGCUUUUAUUGUACUGAAGCUUGUUCUAACUUUUGCGUCUGUGGAUGAAAUCCUAAAGAGUGGUCAUUCAAUUGAAAGCUUAUGAGCAGUACUUUCUUGUGGUGCUGUUUAUCAUGCCUUGCAAUGUGGUUCUUACUUUCCGUCUGUGGAUGAAAUGCUAAAGAUUGGCCAAUCAAAUGGAAACUACUGAGCGGUACUUUCCUGUGGUACCGUUUCAGCUGUUUAUUAUGCUGUACAAGGUGGUUCUAACUAUAUGGACGAAAUCCUAGAGUGUUGCCAUUCAAAAGAGCAAGCAACGGAGCAGUACUUUUCUGUGGCACUGUUUAUUAUGCUGUACAAGGUGGUUCUGAGUUGUAAGUCUGCGGAUGAAAUCCCUUAAGCGUGGUCGUUGAAACUAAAGCUACUAAGCAAUACUUUUCUUUUAAAUGAUCGUCUUACGCUGAAUGAAUUCCAAUAUAGCACUUAGGCUGACUGGAGGUCCGCCCAGCCAUCUACACUAUCUCUGACGCUAGAAGUCAUUCAAGGGAUAAACGGAUUAAAAGUAUUCUAUGAACGAAGCUCAAUUUUUUAGCUUGUGACUAGACGUUCUCAGGAAGCUCUCAGAAAAUGUCUACAGUCACGUUUCUCUAAGAUGGACAGCUUUGGGGCCGGCACUAUUCGUCCAUCUUAGAGAGAUGUCUGUCUUAUGGAGAGUCAAAUAAAGAGAGUAAAGAAGACAGGGACCAACUCUAGGUGUUCGUGUUUUCGAGAUGUCCGUCUUAUAGAGGUGUCCGUGAGAGUGAGUAGACUGUAUUUUCAUUGGCCUUUAAAAACAUUCCUGCUAUUGUUUUUAGGGCUAGAGACACUCUUUAAUAAUUGAGGAUAUUACAUGGCCGCGCGGAGAUACGAAAUUUCUCUUCGAGUAUCACAUGUGAAGAUAACAUGUUAUUUUCACAUGUGAAGAUAUCAAGUUUUCGCGCGAAAGUUCACCUGGUAUUUCAUGGUUGUUUAUAUAAUAAUAAUAAUUCAGCUAUAGAGCAACUCGCUCUGAGAGCUUGAACAUGCCCCUCCCCCUGGUAGUAACGCUGAGGUCCUUUACAGGGUGACCUUGUUUAUAUACUUAGUGACUUGAUGGGAUAGUGGUCCAUCACAGGGUAACCAGGAUUAAAUACUAUGUGGUGCUUGAAGAGUAAAACCAUCCCCUCCCCCCUGUAUGAAGAGCUAGUCCUUUCAGGAUACCCUGGUGUAUAAUGACGUGAUUGAGGGUAUAACUAGUUUCCCUGGGUGGAAUGAUGUAGCACAUUUACAGGGUGACCCGCUGAUUUAUGUUGUUACGUCUCCUUUUCUCCCACCCACCCACCUUGUUUAGAUAGAUAGACAGAUAGAUAGAUAGAUUUAAUUCAAAUCAUAUGGCAGCCCUCCAAGGCUGAAUUGCAUGAAUUUACAAAUACAAUUGAUACAAAACUUAAAAUAUGAAAAUGUAGGCCGUGGAUUGGAUCCUUGUUUACCGAAGGAAUCCGUGCGGAGUUCCUUGGCAUAGUAAACUUGAAAAAAGAAAAGGUAAUAUCGUGAUGAGGCAGCCAAUGGCAGAAAAAAAAAUCCCCCACGUACUUUUUGACGUACUGAUAUUCCACGUCAUUAGUUAGCCUAAAGACACUGUCACUGGAUCAAGAAAACGAAAUUCUCUUAUAGCAUUUUCACAAAACGUGCCCAGAAAACGGGCGAACAGGUCUAAUCACAACCGAAAUUAAACAAAUAAUUAUCAAAAAACCCUUUUUGUUUCGCAACUCGUAACCCUUCAUCCUCUAAUCAAUUCCUUGACAGCUAUCGAUCACCCACGCUAGAUCAACUUUAGAAACAAAAAAAAAGGAGCAACUGGUUAAACAAACGACGUGGUAAACGUCCAAUUUAUAAAUUAAAUCCGCUCAAUUUUUUUUCUGUUUACUAGAUCUUGUUACCGGAGGGUGCGAUCAGCCUUGGUUCAGUUGAUGCUGCUGCUACGCAUUUUCACUGACGCAAUCGGAUUCAACAGGAUCAACGAAGAAUAA